AUUGUUAUUUUCCUAGUUAGCUCCUUUAGUAUAAAUUAUUAUUUAAAUAAUAAAUGAAUCCAUUCUGAAAGCAUUAUUGACAUUUCUGACGUCAGGCACGUCAUGAGCAGCUGACUUUCAAACACGAUCAAUUCCAGUCAAUUUGUACAAGUUUAUUACAUUUAUUAGUCCGUAGUUAAUUAAUAACCCAGCUUAACAAUGAGCCAAGAUAAAGAACUAGUCAUCAAGAAAGUCUUGCACGCUGGUACGAAGCAAGUACACUUUCAAAACGGCACAAAGGUCAAGUUUCACUAUCAAACACGGAAAUGCAACCCGGAACGAACCCUUCUAGACGAUUCUAGAAAGAUAGGCCAUGGGGAUCCCAUGGAGCUGGUGCUGGGUAAAAAAUUCAAAAUGGAAGUCUGGGAGGCAAUCAUAAAGAAACUAGCAUUAAAUGAAGUUGCACAGUUUACAAUUGACAAAUCUUUAGUCUCCCAAUAUCCAUUUGUGGCAAAAACACUCAGAGAUGUUCAUUUACACAAGCAUGAAACAACACACACUUGUGCCCUGGGCAUUCAACAAUCUGGUUUAGGCUAUGAGGAUUUGAAUGAGCUUAUGAAAGAACCAUGUGAUCUGGAGUUUAUUCUAGAAUUGGUGGAGGUGCUGCAACCUGAGGACUAUCAGAAGGAAACUUGGCAGAUGAGUGAAGAUGAAAGAAUAGAAAGAAUUCCAAAGUUGAAGGAAAUGGGUAAUAAUGAAUUCAAAAACAAGAAUUAUAGCAAAGCAGCUGAGCAUUAUGCACAAGCAAUUGGAAUGCUUGAACAAUUACAACUAAAGGAGAAGCCGCAUGAUACUGAAUGGACCACAAUAUCAAAACAACAAGUUCCAUAUUUGUUGAAUUUUGCACAAUGCAAACUGUUUGAGGGUGAUUUUUAUGCUGUCAUUGAACAUUGUACUACAGUCUUAAAAACUGAACCAGAUAAUGUAAAAGCACUUUUUCGACGUGGGAAAGGACACGUAGGUGCCUGGAAUCCUGAUCUCGCCCGUGAAGACUUCAAUCGUGCCCUAACCCUUGAUCCUAGCAUUUCUUCAAUAGUUAAGAAAGAACUUGAAACAUUAGAGGAUCUCGUAAAGCAAAAAACCGAAGAAGACAAAGCUACAUAUAAAAAACUCUUCAGUUAAGUUAUCAUACCUGUUUUUAUGUAAUGUUGAGUCAGUAAAAUAUAUAAUUCCAAUUAUUAAAUAGAA